UUUUAUUUUAUUUUAUUUUUGUAUUGUAUUGAAAUAUUGCCGAUCCUAUUGAUGUGGCAUUUUUAAUAAAGAUCGAUACAAUAUUGUAUCGUUAAGUCGUAUUGUUAAGUCGUGAAAAUUUCACGAUCGUGAACAAUUCGCGUGGCGAUUUUAAAUUAAAGCAAGAUAAAGAUAUGUUGAGGCUACGUGAAUUCUCAAAAGACUCCACAAGAUAAGGAAUCACUAAUCGUAUAUAAACUAUUCUCACACGAUAGUUUGAAUGUCAUUCUAAGUAGGCCUUAAGGCACAGUGCUGUCGCUCUUAUCGGAUCACUAACGAUGCUGACGAAGCUCGAUGGCGACGACGGCGACAAUGUUGACCGUCGACUUGAAACCAAAGACGAUCUCGAAAAACGAUUCAACGCGAACGAAAAUUACCGAGCGCAGACGUUCCAAAGCGUCAGUUCGUCUUCUCUUCUCGAGCGUAGUAGUUCGUUCGUCACGGUUCUCUUUGUCCCGACACCAUUUGUUCGGGACCGAUUCCAUCGAUAGUCGCGCCAAAGCGAUUUAUCUCGUAUCAUCUUAUCGAUCCGUCAUCUCGCAGAUCCAGUUUCGUGAUAAUAGGAUUUAUCGUUACAUUUCAGGCUCAAGCUUCGUUCUCGGCAACCGAUAGUGCGACAAUGGAAGUGCUGAGUAGUUUCCACGUCCGCAUAGGUAUCGUGUCUCCUUGCCGUUGUCGUUGACAGACAAAGCCACUCACUCGUGCGAUCGAUCAAGCUCCCAACGAAAAAGAACCAUUCGUCACGAUGGAAGAUAGAACAUUUGCAAGUCUUUGGAAAUGUGAGGCUGUCUGUAAGAAUUUUCUGUUUUGGUAAAUCUUUUACAAGAGAAACCUGGUAUUAAUUACGACUUAGAGUUAGAGUAAAUU